GGAAUAUUAGAGUUUACUGCAGAAUAAGGCCUGCCUUCGAUGCAGAAGUGAAAACUGUCGUAGAUUUCAUUGGAGAAGAUGGUUCUUUGGUUGUAAUUGAUCCACUAAAACCCUGGAAAGAUGGGAGGAAAAUUUUCGAUUUUAACCGUGUUUUCGGUUCAAGUGCCACUCAGGAAGAUGUAUUUCGAGACACUAAACCUCUUGUAAGAUCAGUGAUGGAUGGUUACAAUGUAUGCAUUUUUGCUUAUGGUCAAACUGGAUCUGGGAAAACAUAUACUAUGUCUGGCCCGGGAGGUGACUCAACAAAGAAAUUUGGAAUCAAUCAAUUGGCUCUGAAUGCUCUAUUCCUAUUAUCUGAUGAAAGGAAGGACAUCAUGAGUUAUAAGAUCCACGUUCAAAUGGUCAAGAUAUAUAAUGAGCAAAUUCGUGAUCUUCUUGCAGACGAUCCUUUGCUUACUAAAUUGGAAAUUAGAAGCUACAUGAACGGAAACGGUCUACCUCUGCCUGAUGCUAGCGUGCAUCCAGUGAAUUGCGCUAGAGAUGUUAUACAUCUGAUGAAACUUGGUGACGUGAACCGUGCUGUUGGCUCUAUUGCCAUGAACAACCGCAGUAGUCACUCACACAGUGAAGCUACUGUGCUGACUGUACACGUGUAUGGUGAAGAUACAUCUGGAAACAUAAUCCAUAGUUGCCUACAUUUGGUGGAUCUUGCUGGUAGUGAAUGAGUUGACAAGUCGGAAGUUACUGGCGACGGCCUCAAAGAGGCACAACAUAUUAACAAGUCUCUCUCUUGCUUGGGUGAUGUGAUCACAGCAUUGGCACAGAAGAACUCCCACAUCCCCUAUAGAAACAGCAAACUCACCUUACUCUUGCAGAACUCUUUAGGUGGACAUGCAAAAAUGUUGAUGUUUGCUCAUGUCAGUCCUGAAGGGGAUUCCUUUGGAGAAACAAUUAGUACUCUGAAGUUUGCACAGAGGGUUUCGAGUGUGGAACUUGGUGCACCUCGUUUAAAUAAAGAGAACGUCAAAGUUUUAGAGCUCAAGGCAGAGAUCGAGACCCUUAAAAAGGCGUUGGCUAACAAGGAAGCACUAACUCCUCAAACUAACAAACCAAAGGAAGCAUCAAGGACACCUUUCCAGAAGCCUAAAGCAACAGCUGAGCUUCAGGAAGGAUAUGAUGUCACAAAAUUGUAUGAUCAAGCGGGUAAUGAUAGUUUCAUGAAGACUCCU